CCACUGCCGGGCAGAGGGCCACCAGCGACCGGCCCGGCCUGCGUACCGACUCUGUGUGUUGUUAUAAACCUGUAAUAAUAAGUGUGAUAUAGUGAUAUAGUGAUAUAUGUGUAGAUUGUUGGUGCUGGUGUCGUUUUCAGUUCAAGCUGAUGAGCUUUUCUGCUAACUACGUUAACUAGCGCUGGAAUGCUGCAUUCACUGGAGCGAAAAGAGGCUCUGAAAUGUGAUGCGAAAGCGGAAUAACUCUGAGGACAGCGGGACCACCGGCACUCUGCUGGACAGCGACCCGGACCUGAAGCAGCGUCCCGGCAGGGAGGCAGCGGAGCCCGCAGCGGGAGGCCGGCAGGGCCCGGGAGAGGAGCGGAGCAUGGGGAAACCGUUCAGGAGGUUGGGUGUGGGGGGGAAGCUGAAGAGGAUGUUGUUGUGGCUGCUCGUCGUCUACGUCUGCAUCCCCUUCAUCGUCAAACUCUGCCCGUCCAUCCAGGCCAAACUCGUCUUCCUCAACUUCAUGAGGAUGCCCUUCUUCAUCGACCUGAAGAGACCUCUGGACCAGGGGCUGAACCACACACACAACUUCUACCUGGAGCCGGAGAGCGACUUCAACAUCGGAGUCUGGCACACAGUUCCUGCUCACAUGUGGAGAGACGCUCAAGGGAAACCAGGAGACUGGUACGACUCCACGCUUAGCUCCGCCCACUCUGUCAUCCUCUAUCUCCAUGGAAACGCAGGGACCAGAGGAGGAGACCACCGAGUUCAGCUGUACAAGGUCCUCAGCGCCUCCGGGUACCACGUGGUCUCCUUCGACUACAGAGGUGAGGAACCUGCUCACACACUGCAAUACUGUCAGUGCUGCUCAACUGUGUGUGUGUGUGUGUGUGUGUGUGUGUGUUCAGGGUGGGGGGACUCAGACGGCUCUCCCUCAGAGGGGGGGAUGACAUCAGACUCUCUCUUCAUCUACGAUUGGCUGAAACGACGGCUGGACAACAAAACGGCGCUUUACAUCUGGGGACACUCUCUGGGGACAGGAGUCGCCACCAACCUGGUCAGAGGGCUGUGUGACAGAGGAAGUCCUCCUGACGCUCUGAUCUUAGAGUCUCCGUUCACCAACAUCAGAGAGGAAGCCAAGAGCCACCCCUUCUCCAUGGUGUACAGAUACCUGCCCGGCUUUGAUUGGUUCUUCCUGGACGCCAUCACAGCCAACAACAUCCGCUUCGCCAGCGAUGAGAAUGUGAAUCAUAUCUCCUGUCCCGUAUUGAUCCUCCACGCCGAGGACGACAGCGUGGUUCCUUUCCACCUGGGCAAAAAGCUGUACAUCAUGGCCUCCCAGUCAAAGAGCCUCAGCGGUCACAAAGUUCAGUUUGUUCCUUUCCCCUCCACUCUUGCCUACAAGCACAAGUUCAUCUACAGGAGCCCAGAGCUGCCAAACAUCCUCAGUGAUUUCCUCGGCACGGCUCACCAGACGGACGAUUCAGCCUGAAAACUGAACUCAGAAUUUAACGAACACAAACACACGUUUGUUUGUUUUCUGAUCGGACUGAAUAACAACAAACGCUUCAUUCCUUCUUAUUUCCACGUUACCAUUCCUCUCUCACCAACACGGCUUCACGCGGGGUUUCACCUGCUGCAGAGCGAGGACGACCAUCAAACCAAACUGGAGGACGAACAGAGAGACGUUUCAGCUUCUGAAUAUUUUGAUCAUGUUGAUUCUUUAAACUCUGAGUGAUUUUAAUCUUUGUUUUGCUCUUCUGGGUCCAUCUGAUCAUAUCUGACUCUUUUCAAGAUCCAGUUUGUUUUUAGUUUAAAGGCCUGUUAUGACUUGAAUUAUGAAUUAAAUAUUUCUUGUUUUAUGUA